AUGUAUUCAAAAUACCUGUUGUUUUUGCCUUUGAUCGCUUUCUUCUAAGCAAUCAAAAUAGCUUGGAUAGUGAUUUAUUUUUAUCAUUUACAAAUAUCUUCAAAACUAAACUAAAAUCUUAGUUUAACACAUUUCAGAAUAUAUUGCAUAUUAUAUCAAGGUUCAAGAAAAAACUUCAAAAAAAUAUUUUUACCAAUAACUCAUUGGAAAUAAAGAACCUCGGAAUCUUAGAAACAUCUAAAACUAGCAAUAUUUGAAAAUUUAUCAAGAAGCAUAAUGAGCAUCACAUACAAUAAAUUGUAUAGUGACUCAUCCAGAGAAGAAGAGGAAAUUCCGCUGGACUUGGAAUCGAUUGAGGUUGAAGAGAAAAGUUUAAAAAGCAGCGAUGCCGUAGUCAAGGCUAGAGAACACAUGGCUUUACUGCAGAUAAAAUAUGCAAUCUCCAAACUCAUUGUCAAAAAGUACUUUGAAGGUACGAUCAUACCGGAAGACUAUGAACUGUGUAUAUUGCAGAAUUACCUUUCAAUAGUCAACAGGAGGUUAAAGGAACUUCAAAACGAAAAUCCAAAAUUGUUUGACAUUGUCGGUCGACUGAAUACUGUUGUUGAUAUAGUAGAUGGGGAAUCUACUUUGAAUGAUAAGCUUUCGAGGAUGAAUAACGAAUUCCCAGAGUUUUCGUCAGCUUUGGAAAGGAUUCGUGUAUUAAUCGAGGAAAAACAAGUUUUGAAAGAAGAAAAAACACAGGAGUACAAUUACCCUGAUUUUCCUCACUCAAAUUAUGUUCUAACAAAGAAAAUUAAGGAGUGUAUUGCUGAAAGACGAAAAAGAAAGUUCAUUUUAAAUCUUAAUGAUGAUUCUAUAGAUACUUUUGACGACGAAUCGAGUAUGAGAGAGAGGGAAAAUUCUUCUAUAGAUUAUACUGUAGAGCAAGAGAAGGAUAGCGUAUCGAAAAUCGAUGAUCAAAGCCGUAAAAAUGUCAGCUUUGGAAGCUCUUCCCUAUUUGAAUCACAAGAAUCUGGAAAAAGUGUAAGAAGUAGUGAUCCGCUCAUCAAGUUUCUUCUCGUGACAGGUAUAAAAAAGAACUUGGGAAGUAAUAAUGAAAAUGUUGAGAAUGAGUUGAAAAAAUUGGAAUUGUCUCCUGAGUUCAAAGAAAAUUUAACUUUGGAAAUUGAUAACCCCGAGAGUAAACGUGUUAAGAAUUUGAUGACUGAGUUGAGAGAUAAAAUAAUCAAUUUUAAUGAAUGUAAAGAUGUGAGACUCUAUAGGAAAACACCAAAAAUCCCUAGUAAAUGUGUUGAAGCAGUCAGAAGGCAGAAACUAGAGGAGAACUCACGUUUCAAGUCGUCUGAAGCUAAAAUGCAUAAUAUGAUAAGAGAAUUUAGAAGGAGGAACUCCCACACUGAAGAGGAGAUUGACGAGUUGGUUAAUAGUAGAGCAUAUAAGAAAAUUAUUGAGAAGAUGGUGGGUAAGAGAGAAGGAAAACACGAGAGGAAAAGUAGUGUAAGAAAACCAAGAGAAUCUGAAUUGCUGAACGUCAUAACUAAAAAGCUAUCUGAAGUGAAACAUGACGAUUCUGCGAAAUUUGAAUUUGAGGAGCUGGAUGAAAUGAGAAAUGAAGAGUUGAUCGAUUUGUUAUCGAGUUUUGUACCUAAACAAGAUCACGAGGAAAUCAGCCAAACUUCCUCCGUUCAAAGGUCAGUGAGGUUCUCGAUCAGUAAAAAAGACCAAAAAUCUGUGACUUCUUCAAAAUCGAUGAGAAAUAUGCAUCCAGCUGCUGCCAGUUGGUUUCCUUUGGAGGAAAAAUCGUCGGAAGUAGUCAGCAAAGAUAGUUUUCUAGACCCUGGUCCAAGGAAAAGCCGGCAAAAGGCUGAUAGUGUUGACGAAAUGAUGUCUCGGUUGACCAUGAAUGAUGAUUCAAGUCGGUUCCAAUUCUUCAAGACGGAUUUAAUCAAUGAAAAGGCUACAGCUGCUAGAACAUAUCUUCGUCCAGCCAGAUAUUCAGAUCUGAGUGAAUUGGAGAGAUUAAUAAACGAUCGAACAAUGAAAUUGUUUGGUGAUAAAAGUUUAUCUUAUUACUUUGAAUAUUCAAAUGCUUGCAUAGUUCAGAUAUCAAAAGACAAUAAGUUGGUGGCAUUCAUAGCUAUUCAGAAUGACCCUCCCCUUCCCUCACUACCUCCUUCCAGUUGGGAUGUGUGGAUUCAUGACUUAUAUGGGAUAGAAGACUGUACCUACACUAACACCAUGUUCGUUCGUAUGCUACUGUGGGAUGAAAAAUAUGAAAAUCACUUUCUGGAGCCGUUUCUCACUUUUUUGUACAUCAAUACUUUCAUGCUGAAACAAAUUUUUCUUGUUAAACCACCUGGGGUCGAUUGCCCAAAUUGUGUUGAAAAGAUUUUUCUGAAAAUCAACCCAAGGAAAUCGAUCAGUGACUCGGAUCAAAUUAUGUAUCAAAAUUUGAGAUUCAAGCACAUCCCAACCUUGAAGAUACGGAAAACGGCGGAACAAGAUAACAUUGAUAUAAUGCCUGAACUCAACAGAACAGCGCCUGAGCUGGGCAGAAUUUUUGGAGAUUAUCUCAUAAGUGAACUGGUGCGCUUCUCAACUAAGGAUAGGAUUGGGCUGACUGCAUUUGCCAACGAGAAAAUUGUGGGCUAUGCGUUACUGAACAGUAACGUGUGUGUUUCUAAUUUGAAUAAAUAUUUUGAGGUAGCCGCGUUUAACGGAUUCUACGUGCACCACGAAAAAGAUCAGUUUCCUCCCGGCAGAAGAGAGAAACUAAUUGAAGAGAACUAUCCAAAACUUCCAGAGAAACUCGAUGAUCUUUUUACGAGUGAUAUUUCUAGUGAGGUUCCCCGUGAAAGCUCGUUCACGCGGUCAUCGUCAAGCUACAACGUCGACUCAGACGAGGAUUUUCUGCGAAGUUCGUCCAGUGAUGAGAACAUUAUGGAAGAAAUCGCUGUGCCUCAGAGCUUUAUUUUCUCCAGCGAUUUUGCCAAACGUCGGCCCACCCAACUAAUCGACAAGAACGAUUUGAGCUUUCAAUCCUCGGAUAAACUCAAAAUCAACCUGAAACCCCGGCUAUCUAAAGGCAUUCUUACUCAUCAUGUGUUUCGGAGAGACUUUCUACACAUGGAAAUAGAGAUGAGUAACCCACCACCAAUCAAAGUUAGCAGUAAUAUUCCAAUAGAGCCAGUCUAUUAUGGAGAACCAAAUGUUGUUAUGAUCGAAAUAUUCCUGAUGCUCAGAGGUGUUGAUUUUCGGCUUUCUUAUGAUUUUCUGGAAGCUAUUUUCGAAGUUAUCAAUGUUGACUAUUGUAUACUCAGCUUUCCAACCAGUGAUCCAAUACCUCCCAUUGUGGACCAUUUUGCUAGAUUAAUUCCAAAAAUGGGUACUUGGUUUCCUCAUGAAGUUUACGUUCUACACAGAUCUUACAUACUGAGUGCGAAAACGGUGCGAGCUGCCAAUCGCAAUGAUUUCAGUAACAUUCUAAUGCUGACUUCCAAACUGGUCAAUUAUAAAAAGAUUCGAGAUGAUUUUCUCGACUCACAAUUUUCGCCCAAAACUACAUUUGAAUCGUAUGUCCUACUUUGCAGUGAUGUCAUUGUCGGUCUUUGCAUUAUUGAUAAAACACCACUUGUACUGUCGAGGAUGGAAGUACAGUUUGACAUUGAGAAGUACAUGGCUCCCUCCAUGUACCACAAUCACGCCAAUAUCAAGCACUGCUGCAUUCAUCCCAUAUUCAGCACCUGCAGUACGAUUCUGUUCAGAGAAGUUAUCAGGCUGUCUUCAGUGUACUGUCUUUUCUAUCGUCUCUAUGAAGAAGACAUUGUAAAUACAGAUUUGUCGGCGCCAACAAUUAUCAGCUGCAUCGCAGAUCUAGUGCCUGUUGUGCCGAGAAAGUCGUUGCAGUACCAUUCAGAUCUGGCCAAGGGAAACGUGAUCACUAUCAACAGAACCUCGGAUCCCAACGUAGAAAAUUCUGGCUUCUUCUGCUCGUUCAAUGAUCUAGAGGAGAACAAAAAGUCUGAAAAGUUCGCUCUGUUCUUCAUCAACACUAAAGUUGGCAGCUUGCUGAAACGGUGUAUUCAUCUGAAAAUUGUGAUUGUGGGAGCUUCUGAUACUGCACUGUCGUUUAUUGAGAGCUUGAUAUUCAGAACUGAGAUGGAAGUGGUGUACACGAACAUCGUCCUGGUGUCUCCGAAUGGUCUGCCCUAUAGACAGAAGCCUCAUGCGGCCAGGGAUGCCAUGGGAAUAUUCAGAGGUCGCUACAACAGGGACUUCAUGACUCAGCUGGGAAUGAAUGCUUGGAUCAACGUCUCCUACGGUUAUAUGACCUCUAUUGAUAGGAAUAAAAAGUUCAUCACAAUCAAUUAUGAGAAGAAGAUCAACUACGAUUAUCUGUUCUUAUUUACUGGUCAGCAAUUCAUGAAGCCAGUCUUCCACACUUUUGACGAGAAAUUUGAGCUGAGCUCCCCCACUUUUUUCACUGGAAAUGAUAGAUUCACCAACAGCUACGUAUCCGAAUGUCCCAUGAAUAUGUUCCUACUGAACUCAGAUGUUGAUGCGAGCUAUUCGCUAUUGACCAUCCAGAAACUUUUGGAGAGUGAUAAUGUCCCCAAAGAAGGGAAGUUUGUCGUAUAUGGACAUAUGCUGGAAGCAUUCGCCGUGCUAAACGCGCUCACCAAGUUUGGAAUCCCUACUAAUCGCAUAGCAUUUGUGGAGCCCUUUCCCAACGAACCUGCUGAAACUCUAUUCAACGAUACAGCAAUUGAUGAAGCCGUUCUCAGCACACUUGAGAAGGAAGGGUUUGCCGUGUAUUCACGGUACUAUCUCAUCAAUUGGGACUUUGAUAAGAAUACGAACUUGAUAACAAAUUUGCACUUCCAGUCUAUCGACAAAGUUGUGUGCAUUGAGUGUGUUUGUCUAUGUGCGUUUGAUUUCAAAUCGACCGAUUUGAGAACUUUCAUAGCGCUGGUAAAUUCGCAACUAGUUUAUGACGGUAAACUGGUGAUCGACAAUGAGUUCAGAACUAACGACCAGUACAUCUACGCGGCUGGUCCACUGACACGCUACUCCCGCAGCUACUACUCUGAACACAUGGAUCACGAGUUCUACAAUUCCAUCGAAAUCGGCAUGCAGGUGCAUAAGAGGGUGAGACACAUACUGGACAGCAGAAGUAGUCAGAAUGAUUUCGAAAGACGCGAUUCUGACGAGUUUCCGUCGUCACGUGACGUGAUGGGUCUGCACCAGCUACAUCGACCCAGAGUCGAGUCAUGUCAGCUACCAGGCGGAUGGAACUAUCUUAGAGUCAUAAAACCUGGAAAGGUGCUGCCUCUUGAGAAUCAGCUAGCCAACAAACAUUUGAAAGGUCCAACAUUCAUAACGGGGAAUUGCAGUGACAAAACUGGUCCCGGUUACUUCAAACUAGUACUGGAUCACAACAGAAAUGUCAUUGAGAUUGUUUGCUACACUCAGCAGGACAUUGAAAUUCACAAUCUUAUCAAACUCUAUGGUAAACAUGUGGCCUUCUUCAACAAUCUGGAACAAAGAUACAACCUGGGAACCGUUCAUGAUCUUUUCGAUUAUUUCCGUCAGCCAUGGGUUUAUGCCAUGUAUCAUGAUAAAUUCUAUUUCAUCGAGAAGAAGAACAGAAGGCUUUUUUACAACACGAAGUUACCCAAUGAGUCGAAUAAAACGUUUUCUGAUUUGAUAACUGACAAGUUAAUCGAAAACGAAUGGGAGGAUUUGGGUGUGAGCGCUGUUGAAGAUUUACGGAAACUGCUUUACAAUAAUACAAAAAUAUCUGAGGAGAUUCGAGCGAAUUUGAAAAGUUUCUUAGUUGCCAACGAACUGUGCCUUCCCAUGUACAUUAAUGAUGAGUACAUUAUUGUGAAGAAAGAUGAAGCUUCCAAACACCAUCUACACAAAGACCCACCGUUAGGAGUUUCUCCGAAAACGCUAAAAACAUACUUAGAGCUAGUGAAAAAUGUCCCAGAAGGUAUGACAAUGCAAGAAUUUCAGAAAAGAUAUUUUAAGAAGUUUGAAGACAAAUGUGUGAAUACGCAAGAGCGAGGUUUUUGUAUAACAUCGUAUCUGUCACUACAUAGUGGUGCUGAUACCUGUGAUAAUUGUGAAGAGUAUAGGAAACUGAAAACUGCAACCAGUGUAGAUGAGGGAAGUGAAUACAUGAAAACACCCCAGAAAAGCCCCAUGAAAGGAGUUGAUUGUCAAUAUAAACUUUUUGGAGAAAGAAAACCAGUUGCAGAUGAAAGAGAUAUUGAGAAGGCUGAUGAAAACAUGGGUUAUACUUACAGAAAUACUACUGAUAAAAUGACUUCACGAUCUUCAAAAAGCUUUGAUACAGUUGAGAAACAGCAUCUUAGUGUAAGUGGAUCGAAUUUAUCUCUGAAUGAUUCUAUCAGGAAAAAAUCUUGUUCACAGAUAAAGUUAGAUGAUGACCCACAAUCUAAGACCCACUACGAUCCUAUGGUGUUGUGUACAAGUCAAGAAUCUUCUUCUAAAUUGAUUGAGAAGUCAUCUGGUACAAAUCUGGAAUCUCCUUCUAGAAUAAAUGCAGAGAGUUCUGAGUUGAAUGACAAAUCUCCUUCAAAGAUGAAAUUGGAAGGACAUUUUGAAGGUAUAUCACCUUCUAAAACUCAGAUUGGUGGUUCAAAGACGUCGGAUUUAGCCAUGAAACGUACAUCUUCACUUUUGAAAACAGAUCAUCUUGAUGAAAAAUAUGGAGGUGUAGCUGCACUUGGAGAAGUUUCAAAUUUGAAAGAUGGAUCGAAAACUGCUCAAGAAAUUGUUACUGAGUCUCAGCCCAAGCUUCUAGACUCAUCCCAAACUGACUUGAAAGGAAAAAGAAAAUCAUUGGAAUUAUUGAAGUCAAAGACUAAAAUUGAUAAGUCAUCUUCUGCUAAUGAUCCGAAUCCGGUUGAUCUCACUCGUAUAGAAAAACCUGUAUCAUUGGAGAAUGAAUUAGGAGUUCGUAGCAAAGUUGGAGAUUCACAAUCAAUGAAAUAUCCGAGCUCUAAAACUUCGAUUGAUAAGAAAUCGCUCUCAGGAUUGAAAGAUGGAUCCAGAAAAAAAUUAGAUGACUCAAAAACAUUACAUAAACCUGUCACAUCUUCCAAGUCAUCAGAUUUGAAUAAAGGGUCUAGACUUUCUGGAAAGCGUAGCAGUUCUGAAAUAAAAGGUUCUGAUAAAAAACAUCUUCAGUCAAAAUCAGCAGAUAUUUUAAAGAAAUCAUUUUUGUCUUUGAAACCGGGAUCUAUAUCUCGAAGACAUGAAGAAAUAAACAAAACUUUGCAGGAUCAGCUUGAAAGCAGUGAUAAAUUUGUUGAAGUGAAAAAAUACGACACAAUCUCUCAGAGCAGUUUUAGUCCUCUAUUACUUGACGACUUGCUGGAUCAUGUCAGUAAAGUACAGAAUUUGGACAUAACGUCUUUCGAAGAUGUGCAUAAUGUUAGAUGGAAGAGAAUUCCGGCUGAACAUAAAAUAACUGACAAAAAUUUGUCAGCCGUUAAUAAUAAUAGAACGCAGAAAGAUGUCGGUACAUCAACACCACAAAUAAAAAGGAUUGGCAAGGCCUGAAAUGAUUGGAAACUGGAAACUGAAAUUCAAACCAAAUUUGUAAAAAUAAAUGUGUUCCACCAGAGUGGAAAAUUAUUAUUUUUAAAUUUAGCUUUGGACACAGAUGUAACCUGUUUACUUAGUCUAUGCUUUGGAUUACUGCAAUACUUUGUAUACCCUUGAAGCCAGUUACACACCCACACAUCGAUUUUUGGACGUACGAUUUUUUGCAAUCCUUAUAAAUUCUACCACAUUGAAUGGAACUUGACUAAUACAUGAUAUAUUAGUCAAGUUAUAUUCAAUCUAAUAGAAUUUAUAACGACGACAAAAAUCGUACGUCCAAUAAAUCGAUGUGUGUGUAACUAGACUUACCACCCGCAAUAUGAAGAGGUUUAGCAUAUGUUGAGGCCAUUUGAAAUUGUAUUCAUUCGCUCAUUGACUGCCAGAUGGCAGGAGAGUUCUAUAAUUUUAUAAUAUCCAUUACUCAUCAAUUUAUCGUUCGAGGCACUGGAUAGUUUGCCAGUCAGUGUGAAUUCAGCUCUCGUAUUGCUAGCACUCCCUGUCGAGGCUUUAAGGUUCAGGAAAUUCGUCCUGAAUCUGCCUAAAUAUUCGUGUCAUUUAAUAUCAUAGGAAAUUCGGCCUAUACAUUUAUUUGUGUACAUAAAUUACAUUUUCGUUUUAUGUGAAAAGUUAUUCACGUUUCGUAUUAGUGAAAAGUGAAUGCCAGAACUCAGAUUUUAGUUUUGUUUUUAUCAAUAGUCAAAUCAUAGUGCUAUAU